AAGAAGAGUUAGUCGCUUCUGAUGUUUCUUCCUGCUGUCGCUGAAACACCUAAGACAGCACCGUUUACAAAUAAGCUUUAACUUGAACACCGUCGAUAUUUGUUGGAGUGUUGUCUGCUCUCCGAUCAUGGUGGAGCCUCCAGCUGGUAACCAGUUUGAAGACAUCCAGUAUGAAGACAUCCAAGUCGAAGCGGCUGUUGGCAGGGGUACCUUUGGCGUUGUCUUCAAAGCGGUAUGGAAAGGGAAGGAUGUGGCAAUCAAGACCAUUGAGAGCGACAGUGAAAGAAAAGCUUUCCUUGUUGAGCUUCGCCAGCUCUCAAGAGUGAAUCACCCAAACAUUGUUAAACUGUAUGGUUCAUGUGACAAUCCUGUCUGUUUGGUCAUGGAGUAUGCAGAAUGUGGCUCUCUAUAUAACCUCUUGCACAGCGCUGAGCCGCAGGCCCCCUAUACAGCCUCCCAUGCUAUGAGCUGGUGUCUGCAGUGUGCCCAGGGGGUUGCUUAUCUGCAUGCCAUGAAACCAAAGGCAUUAAUUCACAGAGAUCUCAAACCACCAAAUUUACUCCUGGUGUCUCGUGGUACUGUGCUGAAGAUUUGCGACUUUGGAACAGCUUGUGACAUCCAAACUUACAUGACCAACAAUAAAGGCAGUGCAGCUUGGAUGGCACCAGAGGUGUUUGAAGGUAGUAACUACAGUGAAAAAUGUGAUGUGUUCAGUUGGGGCAUUAUCCUGUGGGAAGUCCUGACACGCAAAAAACCCUUUGAUGAGAUUGGCGGUUCAGCAUUUUGUAUCAUGUGGGCCGUGCACAGAGGUACAAGGCCUCCUUUGAUUAAAGACCUCCCAGAACCCAUUGAAACUCUGAUGACCCACUGCUGGGACAAAGAGCCAAACCAGAGACCAUCUAUGGAGCAGAUCAAAAACACCAUGAGCAAUCUCAUGAAGUACUUUCCAGGGUCUGAUGAACCUCUCAGGCUCCCCCAUCAGUCAUCAACCAAUAGAAGUGGCUCGUCAUCUGCCACAAGUACAGGCCCAGACUAUACGAUCAGAAGUAACAAGAGCGAGGACAACCCAGACGAACGAAACCCAUUUGGCCGAGACGAAACUCUGAAAGGUUUUGAGGCCAGGUUUCCACUCCAGUUCAAACAGUCAAAAACUGCGACAUUGCGAACUGGUCUGUCCAGGGUGUCCGGUGCGGGCAGUCAACCACGACGCUCCCAAAGCCCAACUUCCUGCUCCAGCCCAGUAUUUACUACUGGUCAGUCGGAAUUGAGGAUGACGAUUAGCCCCCAAGCAAUGAAUGGUUUAGACGGCUCCAUUCCCAUGGCCUACCUAAAACUGGAUCAUCAGUUACAGCCCUUGACUCCGUGUCCUAACUCCAAAGAGUCAAUGGCUGUGUUUGAGCAGCAUAUCAAGAUGGCUCAGGAAUACAUCCGGGUUCAGUCAGAGAUUGCUGAACUUGUUCGGAGAAAGCAGGAGUUGUUUUCAGAGUUGGAGGAGGGCCAGAGAGAGCACCAGACCUCAUCUCGAGUCAUGCAGGAGCACAGCAAGCUGCUGGAGGACAACAGCAGCCUUUCUGCCUACUGUCAGGGCCUCAGAAAUCAACUGAGUGUGAUAAAGAGCCAGGACCAACAACAGAGCUAAAGCCACACAGCACGGAUGUACCAGACCCAUUGUGAAUUCAUUCUCUGGUCUCGUGUGGAAUUACUCCAUGAACUGGCCCUGAGAAAAACAGGCAUGCCUAUCAUCACUGAUAGUGUCUUAGUUUUCACAUCUGACCGUGGGAUCGAUUCCCGCGCAAUAACCGUGUAAUAGUGAGUGUGAAUGAUUGACUGGCAAUCACUUCAGAAUGUCAGCUGGGACCGGCGCCAGCUCCCUGAAACGUUGAACAGGAUAAGCAGUAGCAAGUGAA